AUGGCUGGCAGCGGAUGGGUUGAUCUUCCUGUGGAUCUCUUCUCUCUCAUCUUCUCCCAACUCUCCCUUCCUCAAUUGCUUCGCUCCGCCGCCGUCUGCGUCUCGUGGUCGGCCACCGCCCACGAGGUGAUCACGCGCAGCAGACGCUUCCAGUUCAAGGGGCAGGGCCCCUGGCUCAUGUUGGGGGGCAGCUCUGACGGGGACUCCUCCGCCGCCACCUUCUACACUCUCGACGAGGGAAGGGAGUACACCAUCCCCCUCCCGGACCCUCCCAUAAGCCGCCGGUUCCUUAUCGGCUCCGGUCACGGUUGGGUCAUCACAUACGACACGAGCUUGGGGCUGCUCCGACUACUAAACCCGAUCACCGGCUCGCAAAUAGACCUCCCCUCCGUCAUCUCCAAUCCCCUCGACCUCAUCCACGACAACGAUGAGCGCUCCAAUAUCCGAACACGUCGACAAUUUUCAUUCAGUAAAUCGGUGAUAGGUACUCCUCCCUACAAAGCAAUCCUAUCCGCUGAUCCCUCUCUCGGAGACGACUACACCGUCGCGUUCGUCCACUAUUUUCUUCCCGGCAUCUUUUUCAACCGCUCCGGCCACGAGAGUUGGUUCUGGUUAAACGACACCAGUCAAAUUCAGGACAUUCUCUUCCACAAAGGCAAACUGUACGCGACCACGACCUCAGGAUCCGUGCAAGUUUGCGUCAUCGACGACGCCCAACUUCGACGCGGCGAACUGCCUACAUUUACACCGAUCGUUCCGGCCAAUCGUGAUCGUUGCCACUUUGACUACUUGGCUGAGACUCCCCGAGGAGAUCUCUUGAACAUUCGGAGGAAGAGGGACAUACAUCACGCCACUAUCUUUGUCGAGGUUUACAAUUGCAGCAAAAGGUGA